AAACGCAGCGUAUUAAACAAUUAGAUUUGAUCGAUUCUGGUCAAUCAGUCUUGCCGCUCCUGCUUUUCAAAUCCAGACGGCCCUCUAGGGUUUUAACGUUCGGGGCUUUCCAGUGGAAUGGAGCCUGUAGGAUUUGUAGUGGACAAAAUUAAAGGGCUUACUAAAUCAGGCCAAGAAUUUAUUGACGGUCUUCUUCAUCGGCGCAGAAGUCCUACAAGCCGAAAUCCAAUUGAGAUCCUGAAGCGGUUGCAACGAGAAGCAUUUUCAGAUAUAAUGAAACUCAGGGACAGACAAGACAAGGUUGAACGAAUUCUUUCCUUCUCUAAAGCAUCCAAGGGAAGUCCAUUUAAAGAAGCUAGUACCCGUGUGAGGGGAGAGGUUGAUGCCCUUGGAGCAAUAUUAUUGUUGGGCGAUGUUGAUCAGAAGCAUUAUGAUGCUCUUGGAAGAGCAGGAAUUAAAACUGGAGUUGAUUCAAGGUUCACCUUUGAAACAACUAUCCGGGAGAAAGAUACUCUUCUAGCUGAGUUUGUGGCAAAUCAAAAUAGCACAAGAUAUGGUGGUGAUGAUGCUUCAGGAAGUGGGCUUUCUUUGGCAAAAGUCUUAUAUAUGGCAAAUAUUUGUGAUUGGUUUUCUUUGACUGCAAUCCCGGUAGGAGCUCAAUGCAGAGAUUUUGGAAUCUCUACAAGUUCCUCUAACCAGAGAAAAGGCUUGACUGAUCUAUCAUCUACUGGACCACCCCUCUUGAAUCAGCAUAGUGGUAGUACCAUUGGCUUGUCAGUGAGAAAAUCAAAUGUUAUUGCUUCAAUGGCUCAAUCCAUUUCUGGACUUGGGGUUCAUUGUGGAAUUUGCCAGUACUUCAGCACGUUCGGCCAAAUUGUCUGUCAACUUCCAAGAGGAGUAAAACUCUCACUCUUAGGUCUCCAUCAAGUGCCAAAAUCGUCAGGUCACAACAUCAAUUUUGGAUCCCUCACCAUUCCUCUCGUGCUUAUGAAAGGCCAUAAAGCUCCUACAAUAAUGUCUGAAUCAGCAGCUCCGCUAAUGGAAACAGACAGCCUGCAAAUUCCCUCAACUGGUUUUAUUGCUUUGAAGCUUGAGUCGGAACUCGACGAGGAUACUAAAAUUGGGGGUUGGAUUGAGAUGAAAAAUUCGAGUGUUAAACAGAUGCAAUGGGCUGUCAACAUGUUUGAUGAUUCUGAAGAUGAAUCUGGAUGGGGUGUGUCUGUAAGUGGGAUGGUUGUAGGCGGCAACAACUGGACCCAUUUACAGGCUGAAUCAUACUUAAAAAUUAACUUAGGGAAGAAACUCAGCCUAAAACCGGGCAUUGCAUAUGCAGUGGAGGGUAAUGCUAGGAUAUUUGGCCUUAUGCUUCGAUCCAACUGGUCCUUCUGAUUGAAGUAGAACAAUUGGGUUAUCUUUUUGAAGGUCAUAAUCCCAUUAAUUCACUGUUAUUUGACGUACUCGUUCGUCAAUGUCAUAUGUCAGAAUUUGUGGAAAAGAUUUGUGAGUGACGCCUGUAGCAUUACAGAUGCUUUUUAGGCUUAGCUGGUCCAUCCAUCACACUAAAACAUUACAUUAUAAAUUAAAUUUCUCUUAUUCAAGUCAA